UCGAAACGAUUAUUGGCUGAAGUAUUGAACAUAUGUAUUAAUGAAACUAACUUAAAAAUCUAAAUGAAAAUCAAGUCACGUAAAAUGCUAUUUAGUGAGUCUUUUGAUGAAACUACAAAUAAGACAUAAACAGUUUUUGACUAGGAAAUAAGAUAGCAUAUAGCAAAGAAAAUCUUAAUUAAAUCUAAAAGAAAUACCUUAACUAAAAUCCGUAGAAGAAGUAAUUUCGUGUAAAGACAUAAAUGAAUUGCAUACAUAGACACCAAAAUUAUCUUUGCUGAAUGGAGUGCUGACAGAUGAGUUUAGUAAUUGACCAGCGACUGUGAUUCGAUAAAAAUAACAUUAAAUAGUGCCACGCAUUAGAUGCAAAUGACUACAGAAAUACAACAAAAAGAGCAGCACCAGCACUAUCAGCAGUCGCAACAUUACCAACUAAAAAGUCAACCUUUUAAAAUGGAUGCUGAUUUUUGGCAACAGGCACGUGGACCAUUUGGCAUUCAUGCGGCUGCAGCAGUAGCCACAAAUCAAUUACAACAACAUCAUCAUUAUCAACAGCACCAACACUCAAAUCAUCCACAUCAAGUGCAACAACAAUUGCAACAACAGCAACCUGACCUCCGACACAACAAUCAAUUGCAACACCAUAGCAUUCAGCAACAAAGUGAACAAAGUCAUCAUUUGUUGUUUAAUGCUGCCGCCGCAGCAGCAGCAGCAGCUCAUCUAAGCGGAGUUGCCAAGUCCAACGAACUGCAAAGCAACUGCGCCAAUCGAGAUGCAGUUAUUAUCAACAAACAUGAAAGUAAUGAGCGCAUAUCGCCAGAAAAACAAGACCCAAUGCUAAUCACAAGCAACCAGCAGCAACACCAAAAGUUCCAAACUAAUCUUUCCGGAACAUCGACCAGCAGCACUGGCAGCCUACAGCAGCAUUUGCAACAACAACUCCAACACCAGCUUCAAAGUCAUCAACACAACAUCAGUGAUUCUGGAGGUGAAAAAAAUAACUCACUUAACGAAAGCGUUAAGCACGAGCAAAUAAAAAAUCGUCAAUCAGGGUUUAAUAUUAAUUCUAAUGAAUUGCAAAUGCAGCAGCUUUCGCAACAGCAGGAGCAUUCUCUACUGCUGCCAACACCUGCACCCGAAACCUCCACUUUACCAGCAAUACUAACGCAACAGCAGCACAAACAACAUCAAGAACAACAACAACAACACCAACAAAAGCAGCAGCAGCAACUUCGACCAACAACCCCGCCACUUCAAGUCAGUACGUUAACACAUCCACCAUCGCAAUCUCCGCAACAAUCACUAACACCCUCCGGUAGUAGCUCAACGCCCGACAUCAAAUUCAAUAGCGAAAAAUUAGUUAACGAAAUUCAGCUUCAACUGUCCCGUUCCAACAGCACUGCAGCCAUUAGUGAGCGAACCUUAGAAGAAUGUUGGUCAACCCUGCAACGAGUGAGUUGGCAUCUCUUCCGUUGUCUCUUUAUGCACAAAAGCGCAAUGCAACAAAUACAACAAAUUCCUCGAGUCGGACUCGGUCCAACUGGUCCUGGCAGUAUAAGUGGAGACAGUAAACCCCACCAAUGCCAGCAAUGUAUGAAGAGCUUUUCUAGCAAUCAUCAAUUAGUGCAGCAUAUACGCGUCCAUACGGGGGAGAAACCGUACAAAUGUUCAUAUUGCGAUCGAAGAUUUAAGCAAUUAUCACAUGUACAGCAACAUACACGUCUUCAUACAGGUGAGCGUCCAUACAAAUGUCAUUUGCCUGAUUGUGGGCGCGCUUUUAUUCAAUUAUCGAACCUCCAGCAACACUUAAGAAACCAUGACGCGCAGGUGGAGCGCGCUAAGAAUCGUCCGUUUCAUUGCAACAUAUGCGGAAAGGGAUUUGCAACAGAAUCAAGUCUAAGGACACACACUUCUAAGGAGCUUCAGCUACACCUUGGUGUCUUGCAGCAACAUGCCGCAUUAAUUGGUGGACCAAAUGCCACUUCCUGUCCAGUUUGCCAUAAGUUAUUCUUGGGCACUGAAGCACUUAUGGAACACAUGAAGCACGCACACAAGGACAAAAGCCCAUCAAAUAUCUCUACAUCAAAUGAUCCGUUUCUAGCAAAGCGACGGUCUGCUAAUCAUCCUUGUCCGAUAUGUGGAAAACAUUACGUUAAUGAAGGUUCUUUAAGAAAACAUUUGUCUUCUCAUGAAACAUCACAAUCUCUCCGUAUGUGGCCAUGCUCUGUCUGUCAAGCGGUGUUUACCCAAGAAAAUGGUCUUCUUACUCACAUGGAGCAUAUGCGAAUGGAUCCAAAGCAUCAAUUCGCUGCACAGUAUGUUUUAUCUAGAGCUGCAGCCGAACGUCGCGAACGUGAUUCAAUAUUUGUAGCCACACUUGCAGCAACUGCAAACAGUGGAAAUUUAGGAACGAAUAAUUCUUCAUCAAUACUUCCACUAAUAAAUGAAGCAGGUGGUGAAUCGAAUUCCUUAUGUCAUUCGCCUUCAGUAAAUUCGGAAUGCUCAUCAAAUGGUCGAAUUUCGUCUUCAUCGACAUCAGAUCAAGAAAAUGGGGAAAAUAAUAUAAAUAAUAAUAACAAUAAUAAUAAUAAUAACAGCGUAACCAAUAAUAAUAAUACUAAUAAUAUUAAUAACAACAACAAAAUAAAUAACAUGGUUAGUUCAAGCCAUAGUCACCUUUCAACGCAAUAUAGUACAGAUAAUGAAAUGCAAGUUACCAAUAGAAUGUCAUUAAUGGCCGCCGCAUCAGCUGCAGCCUCAGCUAUUAAUGUGGAUACUUCUGUUAACCCUUCAACUGGUUCUGCGGCAGUACAAGCUGCUGUAGUGAACUUGGCGGCAGCAAUGCGAAUUAACCAGCAAAAUACCGUCGCAAAUAGCAGUAAUGUAGGAAGAGAUAAUAAUGCUGAUCACAAUUUAGAAAGUAAUUUAGUCAACACGUUAAACAAUUCAUCAAUUCAGCAUCAGCAACAAAAUUUGCAGCCAAAUAAUCAAGAUGCAAAUACAAACCUAAACACACAAAAUACUUCACCUGUUAAUAUGUCCACAGAACAUUCUACUUCAGCAGUUAGUGCAGUUAUGGCAAUGACAGCGAUGCGUGAUACAAUGAUGCUUACCAAUAUGGGCAGUAGUAUGCAUCAGCACAUCGAAUCCCUAACUCAUCAACAACAUUGUAAUAAUUUGACUCCAAAUCACACAUAUGCUCCACCAGUAAUCCCAACACAUCAACCGUCACAGCAAUCACUCCAUCCACACGUACAUCAUACUCAACAUCACAACCAUCAGCUGAGCCAAUUGCAUCAUCCCAGUAAUUCUCCGGAAACGGCUUUACGUAUGCAACAACAAGCUGAAGCGAUUCUGCGAUCCCACACCGAAGCAGCUUUUCGUCUAGCUGCAACGGUUGCUAAUGGCGUUGGAAAUACUGCAACUGGUACAACCAAUUUAUCAAACUCCAACAACACUAACAGUUCAGUUAAAGUUGAAAGUCAUCAGCACCAACAACAGCAUUCAUCCGGAAAUUCUAUUUCUGAUUUAACUAUUCAACAUCACCAAGCUCAGCAACAAAGUGCGUCAAACUCUCAAAUUCAGCAACAACCACACAAUCAUCCACCUAAUUUGCCGCACCACACUUCGUGAGAGCCACUUAUGAAUUAAAAAUGACAUAAUUAAUGCUCUGUGUUUUUCGACCAAGAAGCACUGCAAAAGAUUUUUACAAGAUUUGAAACUUCAGGUACAAAUGGCAAUUGUCAGCUCUGACUUAAAAUAAUUACAUAGCUGACAUAUAUUAGUUUUAUUUUAAUAAAAAUUUACUUUAUUUUCACGCAAACCAUUCAAGUAACUUCCAUUAUAAAUUGCAAAAUCUAGAUCCUCAG